AUGAGAGACUUACAAGACUUACCCAUGUGGCUUACUCUAUGCUUGUGCGCUCUUGGCAGUGUGCCUGAAUUGGACAGAGGGGAGGCCGCGGUCUUUCUGGCAGAGGGCAAUAGCAUUCGCAACGGCGCAGACCUCUUCCACUAUGAUCAUGUCUUCAACAAAGAGACCACCAAUGAACAGGUAUAUUCAGCAAUGGCGCGGGAUGUAGUCCGCACCGUGACUACGGGCGGCAGCGGGGCCGUUCUGAUGUACGGGGCUACGGGCAGCGGCAAGACAUGGACCAUGACGGGGGGUCCUGGGGAUCCCGGUAUCGUACAGCGGGCCAUUACGGACCUCUUUAUGGAGCUGCCGACUGAGCCGACAACUGCUGUCAACAUGUCAGUCUUAGAGGUGUAUAACGAGGAGCUGAAUGACUUGUUCAGCCUGAAAGGGGCGCGGCUGGAGCUUCGGCAGGCCACAGGCGGCAUCGGCUGCUAUGUGACCGGGCUCACCCAAGUGCCGCUGACAUCAGCAGAGGAUGCCAAGUCAGCGCUUGCCAGAGGGAUUGCCAACCGCAAGGUUCGCAGCACGGCCAUGAACGAUAACAGCAGCCGCAGUCACAAACUCAUAACCUUCACAGUGGCAAGGAGCGCCCCUGGAGACAGUGCCACUUCCACCGAGCCAGAAGAGGCGCUGGAUGAUGUUGCAACCCUGCAUCUUGUGGACCUGGCCGGCUCCGAGUCAGGCAGGGUGACGAGCUGCAGGGACAGGCGGCGGGAGAGCGCUUCAAUAAACAAGAGCCUUCUUGCGCUUGGCACGGUAGUGAGCGCGCUGUCAGAGGGCGUUGCCUCCCACGUCAACUUCAGAGACUCCAAGCUCACCCGCCUCCUGCAGGCCACGCUCACAGGUGCAAAUACCCAAAGAGUCCACGCGGCGGCCGACAGACAGGGAGAUGCAGUGGAACAGAUGCCCGUGGGGAAGAGCAGGAAUCAGAGGAAAUUUCAGAAGAAGGGAGUGGACGGUCAGAGGGUGCCACAUCAGCGGGAGGGAGUGAUGCAAGGGUUAAUGAUGGAGAGGGUCCGGCAUGUUGUGGAGGGCCGACAGAAGGGCCUCAAGGGCAGUGGAGGAAGGACAAGGGGCAACAUUAAGCCAGAGGAAUGA